AUGCCUGAUGACCCAGUGCCCGCUGUCAUGCCUGAUGACGCGGCGCCCGCUGUCGAGCCAAAUGACCUGAUGCCUGGUGACCCGAUGCCCACUGUCGUGCCUGAUGACUUGGUGCCCGCCGCCCCUCCUGGGGGCCCGGCGCCCGCCGCUCCGCCUGGGGGCCCUGCGCCCGCCGCCCCGCCUGGGGGCCCUGCGCCUGCCCACCCCUGCCUGGGGGCCUUGCGCCUGCCGCCCCGCCCCCUGGGGGCCCUGCGCCUGCCGCCCCGCCUGGGGUCCCUGCGCCUGCCGCCCCUCCUGGGGGCCCUGUGCCUCUGCCCGGAGUCCAGCCCGAUGUGCCUCUGCACGGAGUCCAGCCCGAUGUGCCUCUGCCCGGAGUCCAGCCCGAUGUGCCUCUGCCCGGAGUCCAGCCCGAUGUGCCUCUGCCCGGAGUCCGCCCGAUGUGCCCUCUGCCCGGAGUCCAGCCCGAUGUGCCUCUGCCCGGAGUCCAGCCCGAUGUGCCUCUGCCCGGAGUCCAGCCCGAUGUGCCUCUGCCCGGAGUCCAGCCCGAUGUGCCUCUGCCCGGAGUCCAGCCCGAUGUGCCUCUGCCCGGGGUCCAGCCCGAUGUGCCUCUGCCCGGAGUCC